GAUAUCCCUCUGAACCACUCAAUACGACAACACUCAUAUCACCGCGACUGACUCAGAUCCCCGGCCAUAUAAACCACCCACAGCGACGCUGGCCGCACGUCGUUGCGUCCGCCCACGUCACCUCCGCUAUCGCAUUCAUCCAGGCAUCCGUUUCUCCGCGACAUUCACUAGAUCACACACUGUUACACCUCACCUCCGAUCCUCAGCCUUCCACACCGGUCCAUCUCUCACCCUCAAAGGCCUGCUCUCCUUCGACAAACCUCUCAUCGCUCCUCCGCCAUUCUCAUCCACCAUGGCCGAGAUCAACGGCGAAAUGACUCUUGAUCAGUAUGAAUUCCCCAACAAUCGCCUACGCCGACGGAUAAUGUCCGAAGACCGCACUCCCCUUGUCCUUAUCGCUUGCGGCUCCUUCUCACCCAUCACUUUUCUCCACCUGCGCAUGUUCGAAAUGGCCGCCGACUACGCCCGCUUCAACACCAAAUUCGAAGUCGUAGGAGCAUACCUGUCAUGUGUCGGCGACGCAUACAACAAGAAGGGACUGGUCAAGGCGGAGCAUCGGAUCAACAUGUGCUCACUGGCGGUGCAGCAGAGCAGCUGGAUCGGCGUGGACCCUUGGGAGGCUUUACACAGUGAAUACUUGGAGACGGCAAAGGUGCUGGAUCACUUCGACUACGAGAUCAACACAGUCAUGGGAGGAGUCGAGACACCGAAUGGAAAGAAGAAGUGUCGUAUUGCUCUACUGGCAGGUGCCGAUCUCAUUCAGACCAUGAGCACGCCGGGUGUGUGGGCGGCCAAGGAUAUCGACUACAUUCUGCGAAAUUUCGGCGCAUUUAUCGUGGAGAGAAGCGGUACAGACAUCGAUGAAGCCCUAGCGGCACUACAGGAAUGGAAGGACAACAUCUGGGUGAUUCAACAACUCGUCCAAAACGACAUCAGCUCGACCAAGAUCCGGCUGUUCCGUAGGCGCGACAUGUCGAUUCGAUAUCUGGUCCCAGAACAGGUCGUGCAGUACAUCGAGGAGCACAGUCUGUACGACGAGGACGGCGUGGCGAGCACCAGCAGCAGCAAGGAGCGUCGAGCCGGUGAGAGUUCGGGUGUGUCAGGGAACUCAUGA